UGGAGGUCAAAGGACAACUUUCAGGAGUCAGGUCACGGGGAUUGAACUCGAGUUGCUAGAUUUGGUGGCAAGCACCUUCACCUGCUGAUCCAUCUUGCUGGCCCUUGUGUUUUUAUUCGUAAGAUGCUCUGUUGUUUCCUUUCAUUUCCUAGAGCAUUGGCUUCACAUCUUUCUUCCUCUCUCGAAAACUGGCUUACAGGUCACUGGCUUGAAGCAUGCUUAUAAUAAUAUAUAUUCGAUAACCAGCAAUAGGUUAAAUACCGAUGGAAUCUACUUCACUGUACUAAGUGCUUCUCAUAGGGUCCAUGAUACCCCCUGAUGUUCACGGGUGGCGGUGAUGCUGUGGCGGGAAGCGGCUGCACUGCUGAUAUGUUCGGGUGAUGCUGUUAUGCUAGGGUGAUGCUGAUGUGUUCGGGUGAUGCUGUGGCGGGAGGCAGCUGCACGGCUGCUGUGUUCCGGUGAUGCUGUUGUGUUCGGGUGAUGCUGUUGUAUUCAGGUGAUGCUGUGGAGGGAGGUAGCUGCACGGCUGUGUGUUCAUGAAUGAAACAGUUUAAACACUAAAUGGAAGUUUGAGGAGCUGAGGACAUAGCUGUGUGGUUAAACACUUGUCCCACAGAGUGUGGACUGGAGUUCAGAUUUCCAGAAACCCAUAAAAAUGCCAGGAGGAUGUGCCUGCCUGUAAUGGCAGCCUUGAAAGAAAGCGACAAGGGGAUCCCAGGAAGACUACCAUGUCCCUAAGUUCUGGGCUUGAUUAAGAGGCUGUGCAACGGACAGUGUUGAAGAAUCUGGGGUGUCUGUGUCGAGAGUGCAGGAGGAGACCUGACCUGGUGCUGAUUUGGGAAGGGUUUGUACAUGGAGGGCAGUUUAACUGCCGUGAAUCCACGCAGGCUCCUCCAUCAAAGCAGUCAGUGAUCUGGAAACCCGAGUGAGAGAAGAGCCAACAGAGGACACAAGGAAGAGUCAGGGAAGUAAGGGGGGGGAGACUAAUAUCAUUCAUGUAAUGGAGACCAGAUGGAGAGUGUUCCAAAGAGUGGGGUGCACCUAGGAUUGUGUGGGGGCUCCUCAGGACUGAGCUCUUCAGUGGUGGGAACUGUUUCUGAUGGGUUUUGUGUCCCCAGUAGCCAGCAUUAUUCCUGGCUUGUAGUUCAAGCCCAGUACUUUCUUAAUGUGUAUAAAUGAGUCCCAAGGCAGUUGGGGUUUUUCUUUCUGUUUUUCAUGUGUGUGUGUUAUGUGUAUUUGUGUCUCUGCACAGUUUUGCUUGUGUGUGAGUGCGUGUGGAGGCCCAGGGCUGGUGCUGGGAACCGUCAUUCACCCUUCUACUUGAUUCCUUGAAGGAAGAUCUUAGUCAAACCCAAGGCUCUCCAGUAUGGCUAGUCUCACUAGCCAGCUUCCUCUGGAGAGCCCCUAGCUUGUCUUCCAAGAUUAGAACUACAGAGAGGCUGUCAUGCCUACCUGGCAUUUCCCUGGGUUUCUGGAAACCUAAUCUGGUACUCAGUAAUACUGCAAGUGCUUUAGGAGCCGUCUCUAGCCCCAAGGCAGUGUGUUCUGAUAGGCAGGCUUUCCUUUCACAGUCUGAUAUAAAAUAAAAUGUGCAGUGUUCAUGGUCGACAGCACAGCGAGCUUGGGAAGAGCUUGUCUUCAGAUGCCUGUUCCUUGUGAUUGCAUUCUGAGCAUGUUGUUGCAGGGCCCACUGUCCUUCAGGGACGUGGCUGUGGCCUUCACCCAGGAGGAGUGGCAGCGGCUGGGCUCUGAGGAGAGGACGACGUACAGGGACGUGAUGCUGGAGACCUACAGCAACCUCGUUUCCGUGGGGUGUCACAUUAUCAAACCGGAUGUUAUCAUCAAGUUGGAACAAGGAGAAGAGCCAUGGAUAGUAGAAGGAGCAUUCUCACCUCAGAGCUAUCCAGAUGAAAUCUGGCAGGCGAAUGACCUGACGGAGAAAGCCCAGGGAGCUGGAAAGAAGCUCUCGAGGUCGGCUGUGCUCAGCUACAGAAGCAUGGUCGGAAAGACAGGCGAUGCUGCCGGUGAAGCUGCUCCUGCAGAAACACUUGUUCCUUCAGGGAAAGUCAUCCCUAAAUGCAGCUCCUGCGCGAAGAGCUUGACGUGUAUCUCCGCCUUCAUCAGCAGCGAUGGAAGCUACGCAAAGAUGAAGCCCAAUGUCUGUGCUGGAUGUGGGAAAUCGCUGCUCCACGCUAAGCCCGAGAAAACACAUCCAGGAGAUGAUUCUUAUGAAUUUAGUCAGAAUGAAGAUGAUUACAUUCUAAGUGAAGAAAAUUUUUACCAAAAAAUUUGUACUUUGGAGAAGCCCUUUGAAUAUGUUGAGUGCCAGAAAUCCUUCCCAAAGAACACAGUUUUUGUUGAUCCUGUGGAAGAGAAGCCCUAUGAUUGGAGUGAGUCUGAAAUGGCUUUCCUCCAGAUGUCAGAGCUCAGUGUUCACCAGGGUUCUCACAUGGAAAUGAAACCCUACGAGUGCCGGGAAUGCGGGAAGUCCUUCUGUAAAAAGUCAAAAUUCAUCAUCCACCAGAGAACUCACACGGGAGAGAAACCCUUUAAGUGCAACCAGUGUGGGAAGUCCUUCUGCCAGAAGGGAACCCUCACGGUGCAUCAGAGGACACACACAGGGGAGAAGCCCUAUGAGUGUCACGAAUGCGGGAAAAACUUCUACCAGAAGUUACACCUCAUCCAGCACCAGAGGACUCACUCGGGAGAGAAGCCCUAUGAGUGCAGCUACUGUGGGAAGUCCUUCUGCCAGAAGACGCACCUCACGCAGCACCAGAGGACACACUCGGGCGAGAGGCCCUACAUCUGUCCCGACUGUGGAAAGACUUUCUCUCAGAAGUCAGCCCUUAACGACCACCAGAAGAUCCACAGCGGGGUGAAGCUGUACAAGUGCAGCGAGUGUGGCAAGUGCUUCUGUCGCAAGUCCACGCUCACCACCCACAUGCGGACGCACACCGGGGAGAAGCCCUACGAGUGCAACGAGUGCGGGAAGUUCUUCUCCAGGCUGUCCUACCUGACCGUGCACUACAGGACCCACUCAGGGGAGAAGCCCUACGAGUGUGCCGAGUGCGGGAAGACCUUCUACCUGAACUCGGCCCUCAUGCGGCACCAGAGGGUGCACACGGGAGAGAAGCCUUACGAGUGCAGCGAGUGCGGGAAGCUGUUCUCACAGCUGUCCUACCUCACCGUGCACCACCGAACUCACUCAGGAGUGAAGCCCUACGAGUGCAGCGAGUGUGGGAAGACCUUCUACCAGAACUCGGCCCUGUGCCGGCACCGGAGAAUCCACAGAGGGGAGAAGCCCUACGAGUGCUACAUAUGCGGGAAGUUCUUCUCGCAGAUGUCCUACCUCACCAUCCACCACCGGAUCCACUCAGGGGAGAAGCCCUACGAGUGCAGCGAGUGCGGGAAGACCUUCUGCCAGAACUCCGCCCUGAACAGGCACCAGCGGACACACACAGGGGAAAAAGCCUACGAGUGUUAUGAGUGUGGGAAGUGCUUCUCGCAAAUGUCGUACCUCACCAUCCAUCACCGGAUCCACUCUGGGGAGAAGCCCUUUGAAUGCAGCGAGUGCGGGAAAGCCUUCUCUCGGAUGUCCUACCUCACCGUGCACUACAGAACACACUCGGGAGAGAAGCCCUACGAGUGCACCGAGUGUGGGAAGAAGUUCUACCACAAGUCAGCGUUCAAUAGCCAUCAGAGGAUUCACCGAAGAGGGAGCACCAUGUAGCUGUGUGGGAGGCUCCCCUACAGCGGACUCAGAUGACUGCCUCAGUGAGCGAGUGGAGCCCUGUGUACAUUUGUUCCUCAGCACCCAGAGCUUCCAUGUCCAAGGAUUCAACCGACCAGAACUAUUUAGGGAAAAGGUUUUAUCUAUACUGAAUAUAUACAGACUUUUUUCUUGUACAAUAUAACAACUUUGAUUUGCAUUUGUAUGAUAUUAAGCAUUAUAGAUCAUCUAAAGAUGAGUUAAAAUGCAUAGGAAGAUUAUGUAGGCUGUAUACAAAUGCAGCAUUUUACAUAGGGACUUAAUAUAACUGCAGACUUUGGUGUUCAGGUGGUCCUAGAACCACACUCACACAUACCAAAGGAUACUUUAUCAGAGAGCCCACACAAGUGAGCAGGACAUGUCCAUGUGAAGUAGAUCCAUCCGGAAAUUCACAGGGCAGAAUCCAUAGUUGUGAACAGAGCACAUAGCAGCCUAUCCAGGAGUAAGAAUGUAUAAAUAUGUUUCAGCGUGAUUUCAGACAGCCGUUAGGGAGUCGACUCACUUAAAUGUGAGACAUACACUCCUUUGGAAACUGCUAGUACUAAGGGAUGUUUUGUAAAAAUUAAGAUAAUCCACUAGAAAUAAGUACACUCUGUAACUACAGGAUAUAAAAUGUCAGUCGAGUUAGCCAAGUUUGCUGCAUUAAACUGGCAAAUAAUUCCCUAGGAACACAGGACUUGGGAUUUUUUGUUCUUAUUUUAGUAACCAUCACAGAAAUCAUAUGUUCGUUCUGUUUUAAUCAAGCUUAGAAAAGUGUAUCCUUAGUUUGUAACAUGGUAAGGUAGCCCAUUCUAACUAAGUUCACAUCUUGUUACUUUCUGAAUAUGCAUUUCACUGAAGUAGGAUUUGAAAGUUAUGAACUAUGCUUUUUCCUUGUUGCUUGUAUUUUAAAAUGCAUUUGGUCAUUGUUACAGGAUUAUAUCUGUAAUAAGCCAAUUUUUUGUUGUUUUAACUAUAGCAAAGACGACAGAUAUGUAUCUAUAAAAUAGGAAACUCUGAAUAGAUCAUUUUAAAUUAAGCCAGAAGUCUUCAAGGGUGAGAAGUAGCUUUAGCACUCACUACUCUGUACAACCACGACCUAAGAAUGUGCUCCUUCCUCUCUGCUGUUUGCUUGCUUACUUUUUAUGUAGAUGCUGAGGUCGUAGGGCACAAGGGCUGCGCAGCUGUCUGUGCUAGUAUGCUGCCAUCACUAGGAGGUGAGAACGCAUAAAUCAGGGUGUGGCAGACAUCAUCCCUGCCUCUGUCACUCCCUCCUUGCUCUUUGCCCUCCUGGGAGUAUGGGCUAUAACUCCUGGUAAGUGUCAUUGGUAGUGAUAAUCCUUCCCUGUAGCCUUGGGCCCAAGUCUAAAGAGUUAACGGGGUCAUCAGAGAUCAUCUCUUGAAAGGGUUUCCUCAAAGAAGCUGAACCUUAGUGAGCACCGCCUCGUCUGGAUGUGGUGCUAAUGAGACUCCCUACAGUGGCCACAGUGUGACAGUCAUGCCAUACAGAAGUAGAAUAGACUGGGACCUGAUGUCACAGAGGCACGAAACCAGCUUGACUGUAGCCACUCCAUAUCUGGACUGUUUCUUUUUCUAAGAAACUAUGUGUUUCUAAGCCACUUGACUUAGGAACAUUCUGCAAGUAACAAGACAGUCUACCUGGUAUAGUAUUAUACUUUGUAGGAGUUAUGCAAUUCAGAAGUGGGCUUUAGCUAAAUCAUUUAUUUUGAUGUGUUAAUAGAGAGAUUUAUUAUCUGUAAAUUUGUAUGUAAAUAAUCUGAACUUUGAAAAUGAAUUUGAAACAAACGUA